CGCCUCCCCGCCGUCCUCCGUCUCACAGCCCUCCUCAGAACUGCUUCAGAGCAAAGCCCCGGGCCAGGGCUUAGGCCAUCUUGCUCUGGUGAGGCGGAGGCGGCGCCGCCCGGCGCCGUGCGCGCGCAAAUGCGGGAUGCUCAUCUGAUCUGUCUGAAGGUCGCCGACCGGACCGGCACGCGCUUCGUCGCGUGCGCCAGCUCCGAGUGGACGGUGGCGCAGCUCAAGACGGUGCUGUGCGCGGCGUCGUUCGGACAGAAAGGCGAGCUCCGCCUGCGCCCUAGCGAGAUCGCGCUCUCCCUCUGCUCGGUCCAACUCGCCGACCAGCGGAAGCUCUCGGACUACACGUUGGUCCGCGACAGCGUGGUGAGCGUGCGCGUGAUCGGCGCCGACGACCGCAAGCCGCCCGGCCACCUGCCGAAGUGGCUGAGCGACGUGGAGCUGUCUAUUGUGAGCUGUCCCCUCGCGAUGGUGGGCUGCAGCAGGAAGGCGGACGGCGAGCUCGUCGCCGAGGCCUUCCAGGAGGCGCUGGAAGCCUUCGGCCCCGUCGACCUCCAGCAAGUCGGCGCCUGGACCGUGGACGGCGCCGGCGACGGCAAGGUCGCGCGGCGCGUGCUAGCGGUCUUGCAGCGAGAGCUGUGUCGGAAGGCGCAGGGCGGCGACGAGGACGACGUGGACGACGAGGCGGAGCUGCUCCCACUACGCGUACGACGCCCCCCCAUCGGCGGCGACUGCGUGCCCCAUUCUGUGCACGACGCCAUCAAAGGUUUGAUGCGUCGCUAUUUUGCGGCCUGUAAGCACUCCUCGGGCACGAAGUCGAACGAUGUGAUGAGCCGGUCGAUCGAGAGCGCCUGCGCGCUCCUGCGAAAGCUGUUGACGGAGGUCCAGCAGAGUGGCGUCGUCGUGGAGGACUGCGCCGAGACGCGCUGGGGCAGCCACGCCCGCGGAGCGCUUCAGUUGGCCGUCGCUGCGCCGUUCUUGGCCCGGGUCUUCAAAAGCCACUACGGCAUCACGGGCGCCGAGGACCUGAAACAGCUAGACUGGAAGGAGCGGCGGACCUACUUGAUGCUCACGGAGGCGCCCCUACGCCUGACGCUAUUUAUUUUGGGCGAGCUCCACUACUACCUCUGCCAACCGCUACUCGACUGGGCCAACGCGUGCUCGAGCCUGCGCUUCGACGAGAUCGGUGCCAAGGUCCUGGAGCUCGGCGCCGCGUCGCUGAUGACGCCGUCGGACCGGCGGGACUUCUUCCCGAACUCCUACGCGUUCGCCUGCGCGGCGGGCUUCGCCGCCUCCGACGUCGACGCCAUCGUGACGAAGCACGUGGCCAACUUCAUGAGGUACAUGCUGAAUCGACUGGACCUCGUGCGGCGGGCGCCGUACUGCUACACGUUCUUCUUCUCGCCCGAGCACCGCCAGCGCCUCGCCCAGUCCCUCGUCGCUGCGCUAGAGGCCUACGAGCGGGGCGAGGGCGACCUGGAGGCGUUCGAAUUCUGCGACACGCUGGGCUUCCGCGAGUCCGACGAGCUGGCCGCGGCGCUGCGGGAGGUGGCCGCCGGAGGGCCCCUCCCGCGCGUGCUUCACAAGCGCGACUCUGCGUCCGAGCGGUGCACCCGACUCUCAUCGGUCGAUUUACACGUAGGCGCAUCGCCGAGACCCACGGCGCGCUCACGUUCGGCCAGGCCGCCGCCGAAAACGACGUCCACAUCUGCCAGCAGCUCCUCGAGAUGAACUUUCGGAGGCCCUUCAUGCUGUCGGUCAUGUUCUUCCUCUUCGGCUCGCAGAUGGAUCUGACGGACGCCAUCCUCGAGUCGUUUCCGGACGACUCGCCGGAGCUCCGGGGCCUUCGCGGCGAGAAUCGCGGGCGCUUGGCCGACGAAAAGGCCGCGCGCGGUGCUGAGGACGCGGCGCGGCCCGACGUCGCCAUCACGGAGGCGGACGCCGCGGCCGUGUUAGAUGCGACGACGUCCGCGAGGGACGACGCGACGAAGUCGAAGGACUGCGCCGCGGCGGCGAUUGCGAUCGCGGAGCGGCGCGGCACCCGGGCCAUCGCGGAGCUGCCGCCGCACACGGAUGGCGCGUGCGCCAGCUGCGGCGACGCGGCGCCUCUGUUGGCGUCGUUCUGCCACGAUACGGACUGCGACUCAUACUGCGCGCUCUGCGCGCUUAUCGCCGCGAGCCAGCCCGGCGUGGAGUUCUGCUGCCCGUCGUGCGAGACGGCGACGGACCGCUUGCUCGUCGAUGUGGCCGCGCAAACGUUUGUGACAAAGCUCGAGGCUGCCAAGGCCGCGUCCGCGACGGCUCCGGCGAAAAAGAGGGCCCGAGAGAGGGGCGCGUGCUCCCACUGCCAGACCAACUACGGCGUUCACGUCACGGGCCACAACAAGAGCAAAUGCCCGUUCGUCGCGCGCGACGGCGCGCCCGCGCCUGUGCGCCGCGUCAAGCGCCACCGCGUCGCCGCCGCGGACGACCAGUCACUCUUCUUCGGCGAGACGGCGUUCGGGGACUCGCGGGACGAGACCAAGGGGCCGGCCUUCACGUCGUGCCUCUGGGGCAUGUGAAUCUGUAUCUGGGCCCGCACACGGCGGGUCCUAAUUACCAUUAUUUCUGACU